UUUGGUGGAUCCGGUGACCGGUGAAAAGAGAAAGAGCAGGGUAUAGACAGCUGCAACUUUGUGAUAGCUUGUGAGCGUAGUAUUUUACUAUAUAACAAUAAAAAAUAUAAUAAUUUUUAAUUAUUUAUAAAAAUUGCGGCCUUUUUAGGCCUUUUUGAAAAAUAAUAAUGGACAAUUAUAUGAAAAUUGAAAAAAUUGGUGAAGGUACUUAUGGUGUAGUAUACAAAGGUAAGCAUAAGAAAACCGGCGAGAUAGUAGCAAUGAAAAAAAUUCGCUUGGAGAGUGAUGAUGAAGGAAUUCCAUCAACAGCAAUCAGAGAAAUUUCGUUGUUAAAAGAAUUAAAACAUCCUAAUAUCGUUGGUUUACUUGAUGUACUUAUGGAAGAAUCAAGACUUUAUCUUAUUUUUGAAUAUCUUACCAUGGAUUUAAAAAAAUAUAUGGAUACUUUAGGAAGUGGAAAACUUAUGGAGCCUACUAUGGUUAAAUCUUAUCUCCAUCAGAUUACAACAGCAAUAUUAUUUUGUCACACUCGUCGAGUUUUACAUCGUGAUUUAAAACCACAAAAUUUACUGAUUGAUAAUAAAGGAGGAAUCAAAGUUGCUGAUUUUGGAUUGGGAAGAGCUUUUGGAAUACCGGUACGCGUUUAUACUCAUGAAGUCGUCACUUUAUGGUAUAGAGCACCCGAAAUUCUUCUCGGAACUACUAGAUAUACAUGUGCCAUUGACGUUUGGAGUAUCGGUUGUAUAUUUGCUGAAAUGGCCACUAAAAAACCACUGUUUCAAGGUGACAGUGAGAUAGAUCAGCUUUUUAGAAUUUUUCGUGUUUUGAAAACACCAACUGAAGAAAAUUGGCCUGGAGUCACUCAACUUUCUGAUUACAAAGCAACUUUUCCGAAUUGGACGACAAACAAUUUGGCUAACCACGUGAAAACCCUUGAUGAACAGGGUCUUAACUUACUUCAAGCAAUGCUAAUUUAUAAUCCAGAGCGUAGAAUUUCAGCACGUUCAAUAUUAAAACAUCCUUAUUUUAAUGAUUUAGACUCAAACAAAUCGUGUGUAUAAUUUUCGAAUAUAGUUAUAAGUUUUUAAAUUUAGCAUUUA